AUGAUUGAGGAGAAGAGCGAUACAGAAACUUUGGACAUACCUGAGCCACCUCCAAAUUCUGGCCAUGAAUGCCAGCUGCGACUUCGCCUCUCCACAGGAAAGGACCUUAGACUUUUGGUGCGCAGCACGGACACUGUAUAUCACAUGAAACGGCGCCUCCAUACUGUCGAAGGGGUUGAACCUGCCAGUCAGCGAUGGUUCUUUUCUGGGCGGCCACUGACAGACAAAAUGAGACUGGAGGAGUUGAAGAUUCCUAAGGACUAUGUAGUACAAGUUAUAGUGAGCCAGCCUGUUCAACAUCCCACACCAGUAGAAAAUUGA